AUGGCUUCUAUUGAUGGGUACAGGCCACCUAUUAGUUCAUGUGCAGAAAGCAUCGUCAUUACAUCUUAUGUGUCACAAAGCGAAUGGUUCAUAGUCAGAACUGGAGUCGUACAAGAAAGUGUCAUACCACCUGUCAUACCACCUGUCAUACCACCUGUCAUACCACCUGUCAUAUCACCUUUCAUACCACCUGUCAUACCACCUGUCAUACCACCUGUCAUACCACCUGUCAUACGACCUGUCAUACCACCUGUCAUACCACCUGUCAUACCAUCUGUCAUACCCCCUGUCAUACCACCUGUCAUACCACCUGUCAUACCCCCUGUCAUUCCACCUGUCAUACCACCUGUUAUACGACCUGUCAUACCACCUGUCAUACCACCUGUCAUACCACCUGUCAUACCCCCUGUCAUACCACCUGUCAUACCACCUGUCAUACCACCUGUCAUACCACCUGUUAUACCACCUGUCAUACCACCUGUCAUACCACCUGUCAUACCACCUGUCAUACCACCUGUCAUACCACCUGUCAUACCACCUGUCAUACCACCUGUCAUACCACCUGUCAUACCACCUGUCAUACCACCUGUCAUACCACCUGUCAUACCACCUGUCAUACCACCUGUCAUACCACCUGUCAUACCACCUGUCAUACCACCUGUCAUACCACCUGUCAUACCACCUGCCAUACCACCUGUCAUACCACCUGUCAUACCACCUGUCAUACCACCUGUCAUACCACCUGUCAUACCACCUGUCAUACCAACUGUCAUACCACCUGUCAUACCACCUGUCAUACCACCUGUCAUACCACCUGUCAUACCACCUGUCAUACCAACUGUCAUACCACCUGUCAUACCACCUGUCAUACCACCUGUCAUACCACCUGUCAUACCACCUGUCAUACCACCUGUCAUACCACCUGUCAUACCACCUGUCAUACCACCUGUCAUACCACCUGUCAUACCACCUGUCAUACCCCCUGUCAUACCACCUGUCAUACCACCUGUCAUACCACCUGUCAUACCACCUGUUAUACCACCUGUCAUACCACCUGUCAUACCACCUGUCAUACCCCCUGUCACCUUCUUGGUGGCUGUAGAUUGGGCUGUGAGAGAAGCUACUGAAAAAUGGCCAAGAGAAAUUGCAGGGGAGGUUAUCAACCAACUGGAAGACGCCUGA